AUGGCUACCAUCCCUCCUGCUCCUCUCCCCCCUCCCAUCGACGCCUCCUCGGUCGACAAGCUACAGCUUGCUGCAGAUCGCUCCGCCAUCAACUGGCACUCGUUCGUCGGCAGCAUUCACCGCGUCCUUCAGGAUGCCUUCGUCGGACCCUACUGUGUCUUUGACGUUCUCCUCCGCCGUCCGCAGGCUCUCCAGCCGACCGCCUGGGCCGUUGCCGACAACCGUGCCUGCACCAUCCUCCUCGGUGCACUCCCCGACGCCCUCAUGAGUCGCUUCCAAGCUCGCGAGAUGCACGCUCACUUGAUUUGGACCGAGCUCCAGUCUAUGUUCGAGCGUCGCGACAUCAGCUCCGUCGGCGUUCUCUUCCAGGAGUACUUCUCCAUUACCCUUGCCACCUGCGACGGCGCAGUCGACUACGUGGGGCGCAUGCAGGAGGUAGCCGAUCGCCUUGCUGCUUGCCAGGCUGCCUUUUCAGAGCCCCUGCAGAUUCAUCGUCUGCUCUUCAACCUCACGCCGGACUACGAGUCCCGUCUUCACGCCUUCACCGAGGCAAACCCCUUGGCUGGCUUCAUUGAGGUGACUCAGUGGAUCAUUGACACGGAGGUCAAGCUCUGCACCCCCAUUGUCAACCUCACCACCACUCAUUCCUCCUCCACCUCCCUCAAUGCCACGCAGCCGCGCAACCAGGGUGGUCGCAACGGCGGCGGAGGGGGUCGUGGAGGGGGCGGAGGUGGUGGUCGGGGUGGUGUCGGUGGUGGCGGUGGCGGCCGUGGUGGUGGUGGUGGUGGUGGUGGUGGUGGUGGUGGUGGUGGUGGUGGUGGUGGUGGUGGUGGUGGUGGUGGUGGUGGUGGUGGUGGUGGUGGUGGUGGUGGUGGUGGUCCUGGUGGUGGUGGUCCUGGUGGUGGUCCUGGUGGUCCCACUCGUGGAGGUUCCUCUGUUGCCGGUGGAGCUGCGAGGCGGAAGCCGCCGCGUGUAGCACCGCAGAGGCGGCGGGCCGUUCCGCGGAUUCACACCGAUGCCCGUUACUUUCUUAGGCGCCUCAGUAGCGGCUGCAAGGCCCAUUACAUUAUCAUUAUCAUCAUCAUCCUCCUCAUCCUGUCUCGCUCCACACUCCCCUCCACACUCCCCACCACGCCCCCCUCCACACUCCCCCUCACACUCCCUCACACACUCCUCUACCCUCUGCCACACAACCCCCCUCAAACAAUCCCCUACCCACUCCACCUCAACCACAUCCUCAUCCUCAUCUCCCUCCACCCCUCCUACACCUCCCUCCACCCCUCCCACAUCAGCCUCUCCCCCCUCCCCCACCUCUUCCCUCCCAGCAUGUAA